ACUAUGCACUAAUGACAAUGCAGCCUUCUAAUAUUUUCUGUAUAGUGAGUUUCAUUGUGCUUCCUUGCUACGCAGCAAAUGUGAGACCUGGUCGCUACAGUUUGAUCAGAUGGAUAAAUGAAAAGCAGUCACUUUGGACUGCGUGUGAAAACUUUGCUGACAAUAUAACUGAAAACUAUUUGAAACGUUUAAAUGGAGUCGCUGGGUUGCAUCCUGACCCUGAAUAUCAACCACCAGUUAAAAGUUACAAGGCAGCGACAAAUUCGAUUCCUAAACAUUUCGAUUCAAGACAAGCGUGGCCGAAGUGCAGUGACACAAUCGCCAAUGUCCGACACCAAGGAAGCUGUGGUUCUUGUUGGGCAUUCGCUUCUGCCGAAGUUAUGACCGACAGACUGUGUAUAGACACUAAUGGAACUAACAAAUUUUACUUUUCUCCGGAAGAUUUGUUAGAAUGUUGUACAGAUUGCGCAGCAGCUUCGGACCGAUGUCUAGGAGGGUAUGCAAGUAAGGCAUGGGAGUACUGGAUUGACAGUGGAUUGGUUUCCGGAGGUGACUACAACACACCCAUUGGAUGUAAACCGUAUUCUUAUUCUGCCUUCUUUGAGAGUGUUGCCCCGAAGUGUCGUCGCCAGUGCCAGGAAACUUACGAUCUGUCUUACACAGAUGACAAACAGUUUGGAAAAAGUUUCUAUAUGGUGGGUCCCCAAACUGAUCAAAUUCAAACUGAAAUUAUGACUAACGGACCUGUAGUGGCGAUUUUUGAGGUGUAUGAAGACUUUUAUUACUACGGAAGUGGUGUUUAUCGACACAUUAUUGGCCCCAAAAUGGGAAAUCAUGCUGUGAAAAUUAUCGGCUGGGGCACCGAAUAUGAAGUUCCCUACUGGCUUGUUGUGAAUUCUUGGGGAAGGCAGUGGGCAAGACUAGGAGGAUUUUUCAAGAUAUUAAGGGGUUCGAAUCAUUGUGGAAUCGAGGCUUAUGUGAUUGGAGGAAACUCGUCAUCCAAAAAAUAUGCUCCCAUUAUUUUUAUUGUUAUCAUUUGCUAUGUGAAUGUGGUUUUGUUCGAAAAGUAUUUUUAUAAGUAAUUAAACAAAUUUGUUUGUGUUAAAUUCAUUCCAAAAAUUGGAAGACAUAAAUAUUUUUACUGUCGAAAUUAUGAUUUUAUAUUUUUUACUCUGACUCAAUAUUUAUCGCCUUUUAUUGUAGCUUUCAUCAUUGUUUAAGCGUUCUGUAAUAGUUAUUUUCAAAGCGUAUUUAUCUCGAACUCACCUAUUCGAGGACGUACUAAUA